CGAUCGCCAGUAAGAUGAUCAAACUAGUGUAUGUACAUGGUGAAGUAUGUUUGCUUCCUAUUUUCAUGUUGUCUCCACAAAUUGAAAAUGUCAUUCGGACAUUGUUACAUUUCCAAACAACUGGACUAAUUUUUUCAUUUUCAAUGAAGAAGACCAAAAUGUGUCAAAAGAGAUUGUAUUAACUGAAUGCCCUCAGGUAAUAAAUAUGUUACAGUUAAGAAUCAUACAGAUAUCUCAAAUCAUUACAUAUCAACGUGAUAAUGUUCCUUUCAAUGUAUGAAUAAGUAAUCAGUAUUUCAAAUCAUUUUCAUUUUAGGAUACCUAUGAUGAGCUAUUUAAAUUUGAAAGCCACAGAGAGAAAGGAACAUUAUAUAAUUUGAAACAGGUCUUUGAUCACACAGGUGUAUCAAAAAACAUUAUGGAAUGUUUCAAUAAGGCUGAGGAACUUCUCGUAUUCUCAACAGAAGGACUGACACUUUUGAACUUUAUGUCGCUUACCGAAAUGGACAACAUUUCAUCUGUACCACUUUGCUUACCAAACUCCAAAUACGAAAGGGAGCUUUAUAUGGACGAUGUUGCUGACAGGAUCAUUGACUCAGUGUUUUAUUCAUCAAACACAAAGAAUGUUCUCCAUGUUGCAAGUGACAAAAAUUCAGAAACUGGGAUGUACUGUAUUUGUAAGUUAGACAUAGGUGGAACAAUGGUUUAUUGUAACAACACGGCCUGUACAUUUGGAUCAUGGUUCCAUUUGGAAUGCUUAGAAAUGGACGAAGCCGAUGUUCCUGAAGGGGAUUGGUUUUGUUCAGAAGAGUGUAAAACAUACAGUAACACAAACAAAACGAAGAAAACAAGGAAAACUAUGAACAAAUUCAUCGACAUACAAAAUCUGUAUGUAAAGAGGUUGCUUUGGCGAGGAUUAAAUGACAUUGCAAGGCAUGAUGCAGUUAUUGAAAAUGAUGGACCAAGAAUGAUAAUGCACUGGAAGUUUGAUAUGGUUGAUUUCUAUAACAAACAUCACCCCAAAUAUUUCAUAUUUGGUCACAGGUUGCUUGCCAAUAUAGCAGGAGCUACUUCUGAAAGAAUGAGACACGCUCUUCUGUGGGAAAGAACAGUGAAUGUGCAUGGAGGUAAACGAAAAAAUGUACCAAAGGAUCUCCAUUGCGAGCAUUUAAACAAUGAAUACAAAGAAAAUAGUAGAAAGGCUGGUGGUCAGCUAACAGAGAAAACUGUAGGUAGGCACAGUCAAAUGCUUGGAAUAGGCAAGAUACUUGACAGAGUAUUUGAUGAGAAGGUUGUCAGCAGACCAACUCCCAUGAGAAAACAUGGAAAGGUUGACAGGACACCAGAUGUUUUAAGGAUGGUUGGAAUGCUACACCAUAUGGAACUUUUCCAAGUAAAGACUGGGAGAUUUUUCAAGGGAUUUGAAAAUUUCUACAUAGAAGGGGGCAUAAAAAACCCAAAACAAUUCAGGCAAAGAAUGGACAAACACAUGGAAACGUUGGCUAAAACAAGAGAGAUGAAAAUAGAUAAUUAGUUUUUUGUGACAAACUGAUGAUAAGCAACAUAAAAAAUCAAUAUUGAAAUGAAACAGUGAAAUAUUGAAAUGAAACAUUGAACUAUUGAAACAUUGUAAUGAUAUGUAAUCAGUUCUGUACAAACAUGUGACAUAUCAAGCAUUAAUCCAGUUAACUGCCAUGGAAUCAUUACUGUGCUUGUGUCAAGUAAAAUUCUAUGAUGGCUAGUAGUGUACUGUUUUUGCUAGGACAUGUGCAUUUCAAGCAACAGACGUAACAGCACAAACAUCCUAAACAUUGACAGCUUUGAGCACACAUGUUGUCACAAGCAGACUUGU